AUGGAUGGCAACAAACUGCCCCGCGUGAAAAGCUCUUCUGGGUAUGGAACAUUCGGUUUUGAUAUUCAUCACCGGUUUUCUGAUCCAGUUAAAGGGAUGUUUGGUGUUGAUGGGUUGUUGCCAGUGAAAGAUAGUGUUCCUUAUUUUCAACUUAUGGCUCAUCGCGAUACAGUUAUUCAUGGCCGUAGAUUGGCUACUAGUACUGGUGAUAAUAAUAAAACACCACUUACUUUCUAUUAUGGGAACGAGACUUAUCGACUUGAUGGUUUGGGAUUUUUACACUAUGCUAAUGUUUCUGUUGGGACACCAAGUUUAUCAUUUCUUGUGGCCCUAGACACUGGAAGUAACCUUUUUUGGUUGCCAUGUGAUUGUUCUAGUUGUGUGCAUAGCCUGAGAUCAUCAUCGGGAAAGGUAGAACUGAAUAUCUACAGUCCAAGUACAUCGUCAACAAGCGAAAAAGUCCCCUGCAACAGCACCUUGUGUUCACAAACACAGCGCAAUCGAUGCCCCAGUGAUCAGAGCAAUUGCCCUUAUCAAGUUGUAUAUCUUUCUAAUGACACUUCGACAACUGGGUACUUUGUACAGGAUUUAUUGCACCUAACUAGUGAUGAUACUCGAGCAAAAACUGUUGAUGCAAAAAUUACUUUUGGGUAG